AUGAUACCCUCUUCUGUCCGCUCACGAAUCCCAGUGAUGAAAUCCAUUCGAGCCUCUGCCAAAGCUGCUAUGCUUACGAGGUCCUUGACUUCUCGACGGAAAGCCUACACAAUUUCGAGCCUUGAUGAACCCAAAGAGGAGCGAAGUUUCGGAUUUGCUACGACUGCCCCCAAUAGUGAAGUGAGCACCCCGACGAUAAGACCACAAACUCCUGAAGAUGGAGUCCGUACGCCGGACUUGAGUCUUGCAAUGCUCUCACAAUCGGAGAGCCAGUCUGGUGUCAAUUGGGAUGUUGCGGCUACGGGGAUACGAUUAUGGAUAACGGCCAAAGCCCAGGCCGAGCAAUCUGGGGACUCGGCUGCACUGCGAAGCAUGCAUAUUGAUGCGAUGCGAUACAUGCAUAUGGCGUUACCACGGGAUUUGACUCCUCUUGAGAUCGAGUGUUUGCGGGCUAGUAUGUCGCCAGCUCUCUUCCGAAGUACCUCGCAGGGUCAGCCUCAGGAACCUCCUCCUCGACGAUCACCUAGUGUCUUGCGAAGAGCUGUUGCCCAGAUGGUUUGCUGGGUCUUUGCCAUUUUCCUAUUUAUCAUGCCACUUUUCAUGAGCCUCUUAAAUAGCGUUCUCCAAUUUGAACGCCAGCAUCAAAUGACGGAGAAGAUCUUGUCCGGCAGCUUUGAUCUUGGUUCUUGUCUGGGCGAACCCGGGUCACAACUUCAGCGAUCGUUUCUCCGAUUCAAGGAUAGUCCAUUGGGGGAGUCAUGUGUCCAUGCAGGGGUGUGGGUUGCGGAGGGGUUGAUCGGCGGUGUCAAUGAUGGAAUGAAUGCUGUAGCGUAUGGUCGUACCGUUGUGGUUUAG